GACAACAACAAGAACAACGUCGUCAAAACCAUAGCUCGAUGGUGUCUUCUUUUACAAGCCAUCAUGAUGAUCUCUUCUAACGCCUUGGUUCUUGAAGGACCCGGCUACGUAAACAUGAACAUAACAAUUCGUAACGCAAUGAAAGGAUUAAACCGCCCGGAGAUCGUCUAUCGAUGCCAGUCUAAACACAAAGACUACGGUUGGCAUCGAGCUUCAAAGCCAGGAGCCCAAUUUUCAAUACCAAUCAUCCUCAUAAAUGGCGAAAGC